CUGGAGAUCCUCACUGAUUCAAUCCUCCUGUAUGCAACAAAUAUUCAGCAGUACAUCCGUCUAAGUUGAUAACAUUGUCCCACGUCCAACCUUGGCACUCGAUACGAUCGAGAUUUCACAGAUCUAUCCUCGAGUCAAAUCCUGUACCCUCACUGAGUUUCUCCUCUCACCAACACGACAGGUACUAGCCAUGGCUCCCCUUACUCAUCGCUCAAUCAAGGAUGGUUGGUUCAGGGAGAUCUCAUCGCAGUGGCCGGGCCAGGCGAUGACCCUCAAGGUCAAGAAAAUCCUCCACGUCGAGAAGUCUCUGUACCAGGAUGUGCUCGUCUUCGAGUCUGAGACAUAUGGAAACGUCCUUGUGCUCGACGGUGUCAUCCAGUGCACCGAGCGCGAUGAAUUUUCCUACCAGGAAAUGAUCGCACAUCUUCCUUUGGCUAGCCAUCCGAAUCCGAAGAAGGUGCUGGUCAUUGGCGGUGGUGACGGUGGUGUCGUCCGGGAGGUGUUGAAGCAUGACACCGUUGAGAAUGUUGUGCUCUGCGACAUCGACGAGGCCGUAAUCAGAGUCUCGAAGAAAUACUUGCCGCACAUGUCUUCUCUUCUUUCUGACCCGCGAGUCACGGUCUUCGUUGGUGAUGGCUUCAAGUUCCUCGAGGAGAACACCUCCACCUACGACGUGAUUGUCACCGACUCCUCUGACCCAGUCGGUCCUGCCGAGGCCCUCUUCCAAAAGCCCUACUUCCAGCUCCUCUACAACGCGCUCACUCCCGGCGGUCAUAUCUCUACUCAGGCAGAGUGCCUGUGGCUGCAUCUCCCUCUCAUCAACGAUCUGCGCAAGACGACUCGCGAACUCUUCCCUGUUGCGGAAUACGCGUUCACCACAAUUCCUACCUACCCAUCAGGCCAAAUCGGCUUCGUUAUCUGCUCUAAGGAGGCCAGCCACAACGUGCGUGUGCCGCUACGCAAGGUCACGCCCACCCGGUACUACAAUGCCGAGGUGCACAAGGCAGCCUUCGUCUUACCCGAGUUCGGACGUUCUUUGGUCGAGGAUGGGAAGGAUAUCACGCCCAAGCUGGGCAAGGCAGACACGGGCAAGUCCCGCAAGAAGGUGCUGCUGCUCGGAAGCGGCAUGGUGGCCCGUCCCGCCGCGGAGUAUGUCGUCCGCGAGCCGGAGAACAGCUUGACGAUUGCCUGCAGGACGCUCGCAACCGCCAAGGGUCUUGCUGCGGACCUCCCGAACACGACCGCUAUUUCCCUCGAUGCAAGCAACACCGAGGCGCUUGAGAAGGCUGUCGCGGAGCACGAUCUGGUCAUCUCGCUCAUUCCCUACACCUACCACGCCACCGUCAUCAAGGCAGCGAUCAAGGGCAAGACGCAUGUCGUCACGACCAGCUACGUCAGCCCUGCGAUGCACGAGCUCGACGCCGCCGCUAAGGAGGCCGGCAUCGUCGUCUUCAACGAGAUCGGGCUCGACCCGGGCGUGGAUCACCUGUACGCUGUGAAGGUGAUCGACGAGGUGCACGCCAAGGGCGGCAAAGUGAAGGAGUUCUACUCGUACUGCGGCGGCCUGCCCGCGCCCGAGGCGUCGGGCAACCCGCUCGGUUACAAGUUCUCAUGGUCCGCGCGUGGCGCGCUCCUGGCACUACUCAACUCGGCGUCGUUCGUCUCGGAGGGAAAAGAGGUCAGCGUGGACGGCAAGGACCUGAUGGCGACCGCGAAGCCCUAUUACAUCUCGCCGCCGUACGCGUUCGUCGCGUACCCGAACCGCAACUCGGUUCCGUUCCGCGAGUUCUACCAGAUUCCGGAGGCGCAGACAGUCGUGCGCGGCACCCUGCGCUACCAGGGCUUCCCCGAGUUCGUCAAGGCGUUUGUCGCGCUGGGCUGGUUGAACCCCGAGAAGAAGGAUUGGCUCUCGGAGAACCUCACCUGGGCGGAGGUCAUGCAGAAGGCGAUCGGUGCGAGCGAUGCUAGCGAGAGUACGCUCAUCGCGAAGGUCAAGGAGCUCUGCACUUUCCCUGAUGCGUCGGAGAGCCAUCGUAUCAUCUCCGGCCUGAAAUGGCUGGGCCUGUUCUCGACGGAGAAGGUGGAGCCGCGCGAUGGGAACCUGCUCGACACGCUCUGCGCACGCAUGGAGAACCUCAUGAAAUUCGAGGAGGGCGAGCGGGACUUUGUCAUGCUGCAGCACAAGUUCGUGGUCGAGUACCCCGAUGGCAAGCAGGAGACCAUCACGUCCACCUUGGAGGCGUAUGGUGACCCGACUGGCCACUCGGCCAUGGCGCUCUACGUCGGUGUUCCCUGCGGUAUCGCCGUCCAGCUCGUCCUCGAUGGCGUUCUUAGUACACCCGGUGUCCACGCGCCUUACAGCCCAGAGGUCUGCAACAUCCUCCGGGCCAAGGUCGAGGAGGAAGGGCUCGGUCUGACUGAGAGGGUCUUGUAAGUUGGGUCAACACGCAGUCACCAAAAACGAAAGGCACGCAGUGCUUGAUGUAGACGUGAGAUGUAUCGCUAUGUAGCCGAAACAUAAGACAAUGUAUUGGUAGAGAGUAGGAUGUCAACAACGCAAGGCGUCAUUGUUUCGGGA